CGGCCACAACAUAGGUCCGUGCGGCGCCAUAUUGGAUAUUCCUCCCAUGAUUCCUCCUCUUACCGGUUCUCCCCGGACAUCUGCCUGAGCCUGUCGUCCAGCCUCCGACAGUCUCUGCUCCACGGGCUCAGGUAUGAGGGAUGGUAGCGACUCAACGCGCUGUCACCGACGUACGCUCCGCACCGCUUUGUUCCUCAGGUCAGCGCCACCUCGUUACCGGGCGGAGGAAUCCGGUUAGAGACGCACCUGAGGAGCGGAGGUGAGGAAGUGGUAUGCAGGUUGAGGAAGAAAUAAUUGGAUUGUGAUAACUCCACCGAGGCAUGAUGUUCACGCUCACGGAGGUUGCGUCCUUGAAUGACAUUCAGCCGACAUACCGAAUCCUAAAGCCAUGGUGGGACGUCUUCAUGGACUACCUGGGACUGGUCAUGCUCAUGCUUGCCAUAUUCGCCAUGACCAUGCAGAUCACUAAGGACCAGGUGGCGUGCCUUCCCUGUCUGGAGGACCCAGACGAGACACCAGGAGCUAAACCUGGCUCAUUCCCCCAGCAGCCCGCACAAGUAACAGCCUCAACCGCAUCCACCGGGGCCCCAGUGGCCUCAACCCUCCCCUAUAUUUCCAAGGACUUACCGGACGAAGCAGUCCACGAGAUCCACACCACACAACAACACACUGCGGGGUUGUCAGAGAGUUAUCCCAAUCAACCUCAACCAACUGGAAUCAAAACCAAUCUGGACUAUCAACAGUAUAUCUUCGUCAACCAAAUAUGUUACCACGUUGCCUUGCCCUGGUACUCCAAGUACUUCCCAUACCUCACUCUCAUCCACACUAUUAUUCUCAUGGUCAGUAGCAACUUCUGGUUCAAAUACCCCAAAACAAGCUCGAAGAUCGAACAUUUUGUUUCCAUUCUAGGCAGAUGCUUUGAGUCUCCCUGGACAACCAAGGCUUUGUCUGAAACCGCUUGUGAGGACUCUGAGGAGAACAAGCAGAGGCUGACCGGCACCUCCUCAGUACCAAAACGGGUGUCUUUAGAGGGGAAGGACGAGAGCGUCACCUCGUCCACUCCCAUGCUUGGCGUGAAGUUUUCCGCAGAUAAGCCCAUAGCGGAGGUCCCUAGUAGUAUGACAAUCCUGGACAAAAAAGAUGGGGAGCAGGCAAAAGCCUUAUUUGAGAAAGUGAGAAAAUUCAGAGCUCACGUGGAAGACAGCGAUUUCAUCUACAAGCUUUAUGUAGCACAGACCAUUGUCAAAACCGUCAAGUUUAUUUUGAUAUUGUCCUACACUUCAACCUUUAUGGCUAAGAUUAAUUUUAAGCACCAAUGUGAGCCUGAUAUCAAACAGCUUACAGGAUACACACUUUUCUACUGUACACACAACAUGGCUUUCAUGCUGAACAAGCUGCUGAUCAGCUACAUGGCUUUGAUUUUGAUCUAUGGCAUGGCGUGCUUGUACUCACUCUUCUGGGUGUUUCGGCGACCCCUGAAAGAGUACUCGUUCGAGAAGGUCAGGGAGGAGAGCAGCUUUAGUGACAUUCCUGAUGUCAAGAACGACUUUGCAUUCCUCUUACACAUGGUUGACCAGUAUGACCAACUCUACUCCAAGCGCUUCGGUGUCUUCUUGUCUGAAGUCAGUGAAAACAAGCUGAGGGAGAUCAGCCUCAAUCACGAGUGGACCUUUGAAAAGUUGAGGCAGCUCGUGAGCCGUAACACACAGGACCAGCAGGAGCUGCACCUUUUCAUGAUCUCCGGACUCCCCAACGCGGUGUUUGACCUCACCGACUUGGAGGUGCUUAAACUGGAGCUGAUUCCUGAGGUGCGGUUCACGGCAAAAGUCUCUCAGAUGACCAGCCUGCAGGAGCUGCAUCUCUGCCACUGUCCCGCCAAAGUAGAGCAGACAGGCUUCGCUUUCCUCCGCGACCAUCUUCGGUGUCUUCACGUCAAGUUCACCGAUGUUGCAGAGAUCCCAGCUUGGGUGUAUCUGCUAAGGAGUUUGAGGGAGCUAAACCUCAUUGGCAACUUGAGCUCGGAUAAUAAUAAAAUGAUCGGUCUUGAGUCCAUGCGAGAUUUGAGGCAUUUAAAGACAUUAUGCCUGAAGAGCAACCUCUCUAAAAUGCCCACAAACAUCACUGAGCUUUCGCCACACUUAAUUAAAUUAGUCGUGCACAACGAUGGUACAAAACUGCUUGUGCUCAAUAGUCUAAAAAAGAUGACAAAUCUGAUUGAACUUGAGUUGCACAGCUGCGAAAUAGAGAGGAUUCCCCACGCUAUUUUCAGCCUGACCAACUUACAGGAGCUUGACUUGAAAUCUAACAACAUCCGCACCAUUGAGGAGAUCAUCAGCUUCCAGCACAUCAAGAGGCUGACGUGCCUGAAACUGUGGCACAACAAAAUAAUCACCAUUCCAUCCUCCAUCGUGCAGGUCAAGUCCCUGGAGUCUCUCCACCUCUCCCACAAUAAGCUGGAGUCUUUGCCUCCGGCCUUGUUCGUACUACCCAAACUGCGGCACUUGGAUGUCAGCCACAACUCCAUCUCGGUGCUACCUCCAGAUGUCGGCCUCCUCCACAACCUCCAGCACCUGGCCAUCAACUCCAACAAACUGGAGGUGCUGCCCAAGCCUCUGUUUAGGUGCACCAAGCUAAAGGUGCUGUGUCUGGGGCAAAAUGCGCUCACCGUGCUGCCGGAGACGGUGGGUCAGCUGGUGCAGCUCACCCAGCUGGAGCUCAGAGGUAACUGUCUGGACAGACUGCCCGCCCUGCUCGGAAACUGCCGCCUGCUGCGGAAAAACGGCCUGGUUGUGGAGGACCACCUCUUUGACACACUGCCUGUGGAAGUCAAGGAGAGCAUCAGCCGAGAGACCAACGUGUCCUUCACGAGCGGCUUAUAGCACAGAAACACAGACAGGCCUGCAGCUCUGGUGGUUCUUAACGUGUCAGUGUAACGGGAGGAAAAUACUUUUUAUUAUUGUAACAUCAACCCAAAGUAAUGCAUUUUCUUGAUUGUUUUAAAUGGGUUGUAUUUGCUUAUGUAGAACAAUACUAAUUCCGUUUUUUUGUUGCUGAUUUUGUGUCUAAUUCACCAGUUUGUUUUUGCCUUUAGCUUUUUCAUAACAGAAAUUGAAGAUUUAGCUCCUUUGUAGACCAAUCUGUUGCUCCAGUGACACAGUUUGUAGACGUAUCUUUGUUUUAGGUACUCAGGUAUAAUUGUUACCAUGGGGAACAAUCUUUUGCCUUACCUGCUGCUACACACGCUUAAGGCCAAAUAUAAAUAUUUCAUUUUUAUGGUUGUUUUUCUCCAUAUAACAAUUUCUUUAUGUUUGGGAAGCAGACACAAUGCAGAUGUCUUUUCUUGGUUUUAUAUGACCUGUGUAGAAUUGAUAUAACCUUUAUUUUCCUUGAUGUCUUAUAGCGAAUUGAAUGAGCAUAGAGUUAUAAAUCUCAGGUGGAGACUAAGCACCAGAAAUUAACCUUUACUGAUGUAGAGAUUGUAUGCUAAGGCCUGUAGCACAACAUAAUAAUCACCCCCCCCCGUCCUCCAUCGGGCAGGUCAAGUCCCUGGAGUCUCUCCACCUCUCCCACAUAAGCUGGAGUCUUUGCCUCCGGCCUUGUUCGUACUACCCAAACUGCGGCACUUGGAUGUCAGCCACAACUCCAUCUCGGUACUGCCUCCAAAUGUCGGCCUCCUCCACA